AGACUCUGGAUGGGCUGACCCGGUUCCCAGAUUACUCCAUGACACUGAUGUACCUGUUCACCGAUCCGUCGGUGGAGGAUCCCGGCCUGCGAGCCAUCGCUGGUCUGCUGCUGAAGAACCUCAUCCGCAGUAAGUACAACACCUUCCACCCUACGGCCAAGGUGUACAUCAAGCUGCAGUGCCUUCGUCUGGUGGGCGACAAGGAGCCCCUGGUUCGGUCGACCGUGGCCACCAUCAUCUCGACGCUCCUGUCGAUCGGCUCAAUCCACGAUUGGCCGGAACUUCUGCCGUACCUGGUGAACAUGCUCCAGACACAGGAUAUGCUCAUUUUGGAGGGCGUCUUUGCCACCCUCCUGAUGAUCUGCGAGGACUCGGCGGCCGAUCUGACGGACCAGUCGCUGGAGACCCUGAUCCCGGCCUUUGUGAUGUUCUCCUCGCAUCCGGUUGCCAAGAUCCGCGGUGUGGCCAUCUCCUGUGUCAAUCAGUUUAUCCUCCUUCAGCCAGCCAUCCUCGCCCAGCAUAUGGACGUCUUUGUGACCUCCCUCUCCAACACGGCCACCGAUUCGGACUCCUUCGUGCGCAAGCACGUGUGCGAGGCGCUGGUGUACAUUUUCGAGGUAUCUCCGGCCUCGCUGCUUCCCUUUAUCGACAAGAUCCUGGAGUACAUGUUGCUGUCCAUCACCGACCGUGAUGAGCCGGUGGCCCUGCAAGCCUGCGAGUUCUGGCUCCUUGUCUUCCAGCACACUUCCGACCUGUACUCGGUGGUUGUGCCCUUCAUCAAGCGUCUCCUCCCGAUUCUGGUGCAGAAUGUCAUCUAUGCCGAGGGGUCCUACGGCAUCAUCGAGGAUGCCUCAGUGCCGGAUCGCCCGGAGGAGCUGCGCCCUCGCUUCCACCGGCGGCGGCUCCAGACCUCGGGCGCCGGGUCGGAGUCCUUUGUGGAGGAGUAUGAAGAUGAGGACUUCGAUGGGGAUGACUUUGACGAAAGCGCCGACUAUGCCGGGUAUGAUGAUGACGAUGAUGAUGAGGAUGAUGGUGAGGUCCAGAAUUGGAACCUCCGCCGGUACUCGGCUACCCUGUUGGAGAAGAUCAUCUCGCAGUUCUCAGCCGAGAUCGGCCCCGCGGUCCUGAGCACCCUUGAGCCCUACUUGGGCUCUGACGAGUGGAAGCCCCGCGAGGCUGGCAUCCUGGUCCUCGGCGUGGCGUCCAAGCAUGUGUUCCCCGGAUUUCCCCAGGCCAUCGGAGCAUUCGAGUUCCUGCUGGAGAACCUUCGCCACCCGCAUCCGCUUGUGCGUGAAACCGCGUGCUGGUCGGUUAGCCGGUUUGCCGCGUGGUUCCACUCGGCGCCGGAGUUCGAGCCAUACAUGCCGCGCGUUCUGUCAGCCAUUCUGGGAUCCAUGCACGACAACACAAAGCGCGUUCAGGGUGCCGCCUGCUGCGCAUUCACCCUGAUCAGCGAGUCCAUCGGCCUGGCCAUGGUGGCAUACUUGCACUCGGUGCUCCCGCCGCUGAUCAAGGCCUUUUCCCUGUUCCAGCAAAACAACCUGCUUCUCAUGUACGACACCCUGGCGACGCUGGUGCAGAAUGUCGGCAGCGCCAUCUGUGAAGAGUCUCUGUUGAGCAUUUUGAUGCCGCCGCUGUUGCAGCGCUGGGAUGCCACGCCGGACGAUAGUACCGACAUUUUCUCCCUCUUUGAGUGUCUGUCCACCCUGGCGAACACCCUGCGGGAGAACUUCCUCCCUUACAGCGGGGUGUGCUUCAACCGGGCAGUUAGAAUCAUUGUCAACACCAUCAAUGCGGAGAUUGCCUACGACAACAACCCCAACCUGCCGGAGCCGGACAAGUCCUUCAUCGUGGUGUCCUUCGACCUGCUGUCCGGCAUCGCCGAGGGGCUAAAGGGAGCCAUCGAGCCGCUGGUGGCCUCCUGCCCGACGCCGCUGAUUGAGCUGAUCAAGCACUGCAUCCGCGAUGACUCGGAAGAGGUCCGACAGUCGGCCUUCGGUCUGCUGGGCGACUUGACGGUCGCCAGCCCGGCGCACAUUGGCCCGGACAAUGUGUCCCUCAUCAUGCCGGACCUGGUGGGCAAUUUGGACCGGGAUUCCGUGUCGGUGUGUAACAAUGCCUGCUGGGCUCUUGGCGAGAUGACCAAAGACUUCAGCGGGCCGAUCCGGCCCUUUGUGAUGGAGGUCCUGCCGCGGCUGAUGAAGAUCCUGUCCUCGGUGACGGUUCCCAGCUCUCUGCGGGAGAAUGCCGCCAUCACCCUCGGCCGGUUGGGGCACUCGUGCCCCGGGGAGCUGGCCUCCCUCCUGCCGCACUUCCUGGCAGACUGGUGCUCGGUGGCCAUUGCCAUGCCGCUUGAUGCCAUGCUGGAGAGCGCCUUCACCGGGCUCUCGUGUGCCAUUGCCGAAAACCCCCCGGCCGAGCAGGCCUUGUUCUCCAUGCUCUGUGAUGUGGUGGCCAACUGGCGGUCCAUGUCGGGACCCUUCGCGGCCGGGCUCCGCCAAUUCUUCAAUGGGUACAGCCUGCGCGCCGGGGACCGGUGGCCGGUGAUGGUCGGGCAGCUGAGCGAACCCACACGCGCGCAGCUCACCGAGCUCCUUCGCCACUAGGGGUCUUUCUCCCUCUCUCCCCCCCCCCCUCCCUC